CAGUGUAUACUACUAAAAAGAACAAAUAACAACAAUGCCUUCUAAGAAGCAACCCAUCUAUAGGCAGAAAUUAAAACAACUACCUAUAUUAAUACGUCAUUUAAUGCUAUACAAGUUCCGAGGAUUAGACAUUCGCCUUCGUGAGAUGGUAAACGGCUGUCCAUACUUCAAGGGACCAGGAUUGAUUGAUACAUAGAAAAAUCAAGUAUGGAGAGACCGCCACACCAUCCUUUAGUGAUCGUCACCGAAGACGAUAUAAAAGCAAUUCGGGAAAUAUACAACAUUGGUGAUGAAAAUAAAAUUAACGAAAGCUUGAACGCCAUCCAAGAAUGGAUCCAAAAGGAAGAACAUUUAGUAGAAGCUAGUAAAUAUUUAAGUCGAAGAAAUCUUGAAAGGGUACUGUUAAUAGCAAAGGGAUCAGUUGAAGAAACAAAGAGAAGAAUAGAGAGGUUGCUUACUGCCCGUGGUAUGAUACCUGAAUUAUGUUUAAACAAAACAUUGGAAGAAUUUGAAGAUAUUUGGGAUGCGGUGAACUACGUCCCACUUCCAAAACUGAAUCCUACUGAUCGAACAAGAGUUAUGGUGACACAAUUUUCAGAGCAACAUAUGGAUAAAUUUACUAUAUUAUCUUAUUUGAGAUACAACUUUUUGGUUGGAGAAUACAGAAUAAACUUCGACUACACGCCAGCAGAAAGAUUUAUUUUAGAUCUAAAGAAUGUGCACAUAGGUCAUCUUAGCAAACUAAAUCCGAUCGUUAUGAAGAAAGCAGAGGUUUUGUGUUCGGAAGGCAUCGGAACAAAAAUCAAAGGUAUACACAUACUAAACGCUCCAGCGUACAUUGACAAGUUCGUAUACCUUCUGAAGCAAGCUCUCAGAGAGAAAGUAGCUAACAGAGUCCACGUACAUGAUACUUACGAGGACUUACACAAACACAUACCUAAAGAGAUACUUCCGAAGGACUUUGGAGGCGAUGAAAUGUCGUGUGAUAAACUAAAUGAGUUAUGGAAGGAGACAUUGAAAAGUGAAGAGUCUCAGAAAAUAAUAAGAGACACAGAAAAACUUGUAAGUGAUGAGACGAAAAGACACGAAUCCAAAUUCAACGAGGAAUAUAUGGGAAUGCCUGGAUCUUUCCGAAGAUUGACUGUCGAUUAAUUGUUAAUAUAGGUGUGUUAUAAAGUAUAAUAAUAAAGCAUAACAUUUGCACAUAAAGUUCAUGUUAUUGAAACAAUUGAAAGAGCAUUUUUUUAUUUGAUUUUACUCAAAAGUAUAAGAAAACGAAUCUGAAAUCCACGCUUCAUACAACUGUGUUCAUUCUUUGUUGUUGAAAGGUUCUGUAUUAUAGAGGCUUCUCUCUGGCUUUGUGCGUCUUUUGAGACGAUGCAAUUAUUGUCUGCUGAACUUGCACUUUAUUUCGUGGCUAUCUAAGCCAAUUUUUGCACGACAAUCUCUGCCGCACAAGUGACAAGGGAUGCCUUCAUUAUUAGGUUCAUAACGUUUCAACGUAGAAUACGGCUAUCUUUAGUCUAGUAGUUUUGGUUUAUGUUUAAGUCUUAUAUGAUUUACCUUGGUCUACAAUUGUCAAAAACUAUAUUAUGUUCCUUAGUUUUCAAUUACUGUAUUUAUAAGAUUUUUAUUAGAUUUCUUUGCAGUUUCUGUAUCGAAUACGAAAAACAGGUUUGGUCACGUUAUUCUUGCUUUAUUUUAAUAGCAGGGCAUUCGUGAUUUAUUUUUGUAAAUAAAUAGUAUCUUGGGUAUAUUUAAUUGAUCUGCUUCCACGGGGAAA